UGUCACUUUCACCAAAUUCUAACUAUGAUUCUCAGAGAUGGGACAGACAGCCGACGGGUGAAGUACAUGCUUGGCAAAGAUAUCUGCUUGUAAACAUACUGCAUCUACCACAGAGCACUCCAUCCAUGGUUUAUCGACAUUUCUAUUCAGACCUCAUCGUGCCGCACAACAUUAGAGGAACGAAAGUAACUUUUAUUUUGGGAUUGCACGUCCGUAUGAGUUCACAAGACAACUUCGAUCACAUAAUUGCGUAGAACUAUGGUCAGUAUUGUGUUUUUGUGAUUGAGAGAAUAUUUUGAUUUAGUUCAGUUCGAAUAAUAAGCAGAAUAAGAUUCGAGGCAGUCGAUAUUCAUGAAAAUGACACUUUAACGAACAUUUCUCCAUUCUGUACAUGCUGUGUUGUUAGUCGACUUUUCAAAUACACUCAACGUUUUUGAGAGAGCGUGUUUAUGGAUUUCUGCGCAGAGCAGAACACUGGCAGUAGCCUCCAUUCUUACGCAAUAGUCAUGUUGAUACCGUGCUGUCUUCGUAAACUUUGAUAGAAGUUUACAGAAGAUACGUUUACGACAGAGACAUUUGAUUAACUAGAGAAAAUCUAUUUGAUAAUAUAUUAAAUACUUUUUGGAGGAAGUGGGAAGCGCCUUUUCGCCCUGCCUUGUUUUCCCAAGACGUCAGAACGGAUUCUUAUCUCCUCCCCGCGCUACGGAGUUGGACUCGUAUCUGUUGUUUAACCAAAUUAUUUUAGGAUAGCAUGGCAAUGGUAGUAAACCAGUGGCAAGAGAACAUUUCGGCGGAUCCCGGGUCCCAGCUCCAGAUUUGCAGUCAGGAGCCUGGCGGGACACCGGGAACCCCCUCUGGUUCCACCCCGGGGAACGAUGCACUUUCCGGGGACAAGAUUCCCAACGUGGACUGCAUGGUGUGCGGGGAUAAGUCCAGUGGCAAGCAUUACGGCCAAUUCACCUGCGAGGGCUGUAAAAGCUUCUUCAAGCGUUCUGUGCGACGGAACCUCAGUUACACAUGCCGGGGGAACCGCGACUGUCCCAUCGACCAACAUCAUCGGAACCAGUGCCAGUACUGCCGACUGAAGAAGUGCCUCAAAGUCGGCAUGAGAAGAGAAGCUGUCCAGAGAGGCCGCAUGUCCAACUCCCAGUCCAGCCCGGGUCAGUACCUGACCAAUGGCAGCGACCCUUACAACGGGCAGCCCUACCUAUCAGGAUUCAUCUCUUUGCUGCUGCGCGCCGAGCCUUAUCCCACGUCCCGCUACGGGUCCCAGUGCAUGCAGGGAAACAACCUGAUGGGCAUCGAGAACAUCUGCGAGCUGGCCGCACGGCUGCUCUUCAGCGCUGUGGAGUGGGCCAAGAACAUCCCCUUCUUCCCUGACCUGCAGCUCAUGGACCAGGUGGCGCUCCUGCGCAUGUCAUGGAGUGAGCUGUUUGUGCUGAACGCGGCCCAGUGCUCCAUGCCGCUGCACGUGGCGCCCCUGCUGGCGGCGGCCGGCCUGCACGCAUCGCCCAUGUCUGCGGAGCGCGUGGUGGCAUUUAUGGACCACAUCCGGGUGUUCCAGGAGCAGGUGGAGAAACUGAAGGUUCUGCAGGUGGACACGGCUGAGUACUCCUGCCUCAAAUCCAUCGUGCUCUUCACCUCCGAUGCCAUGGGCCUGUCGGAUGUGGCCCACGUGGAGAGCAUCCAGGAGAAGUCCCAGUGUGCCCUGGAGGAGUAUGUGAGGAACCAGUACCCCAGCCAGCCCAACCGCUUCGGGCGCCUGCUCCUGCGGCUGCCCUCCCUCCGCAUCGUCUCUUCGCCCGUCAUCGAGCAGCUCUUCUUCGUGCGCCUGGUGGGCAAGACGCCCAUCGAGACGCUGCUGCGCGACAUGCUCCUCUCCGGCUCCAGCUACAACUGGCCCUACAUGCCCGUGCAGCGCGACCGCCCCAUCUCCCUCCACUACAAUGAGAACGGGCCCUGAGGAGGACGAGUCGUCGCGUAUUCAGCUCUUAAUCCAUCCUUCAUCGACCGUCCCUCAAUCCCUCCCUCCGUUUAUCUCCCCCUCCAUCCCCUGGAAGACCACCACCGUUCUGCCAAAAAGCAGACUGACCACCUCACCACAUCCCUACCCCAUUCACCAAUCCAGCCAUUCACACGCCUCUUCUCCAGGGGACCACGGCCAAUAGAGAGACAAGGUGGCUGCCAUGGCCCCUCCUACUUCGCCAUUGCCACAUUUGAGAGGUGACACUAGACGGGCCGGCUGGCAGAAGGGUUUUUGCGCCGUUCUCCUGCAGCUCUGUCGGACUCACGCCGUUAAAGACGACUUUGUCAGUCUCGGACUCGACGUGGUGGCGGCUACUGGCGACGCAGUCACUCUAUUGUCGGCACUGUGCUUGCAUCUAAAGGAGAUGUGUCCAAGAUUCUCCACUGUAUGGCGAUUUAGAGCAAGGCCUUUGCCGAUAGAACUGCUUGACCGAGAGAGCCAGGCCAAAGGUUCUUCAUCAACCAAUAAUUUUUUUAUUAACCAGAAGCCAUUAAAAAACAAAUGCCAAAUUUCCUUGGAAUUUUCAGAAGACAUUUAUUGUGUGUGUGUGUGAGUGUGUAUUAGCACUGUUUAUAAUGAGAGAAAUUCAUGAUUGUGUCCAUAUGUAUGUCAUUGACUCAUAGACAUCCACGUUAAGGGGUAAGUUGGGACUAGCUCAGGUUCAGGUUGGGGAGACAGGACAGACAGGACAGACAUGCCACUAUCAGUAGGAAACAGAGAAUCACGCCUCACACAGGGCAAAACUCCUAUCAACAGCCUGUACCAAAGUGGAACAUGGAUAUUAAUUGUUUGGAUUAUCUUUGUGGUAGUGGUGACAAAAACACCUUUUGGUUUGUCUAUAAUUUGACCUUUUACUUGUAUUUAGAUGUCAGAGGGUGUGGGAAGUUGCAAAAUAUAUAUAUAUACAAAAAUAGGCACUUGCAAUGUGAAACUAUCCAGAACCCACACUUGACCCACUCCCAUCAUAAACACAGCACUGGUAGAUUCUUCCUCAGCCGCCAUUUUGAGGUUAAAACUACAGGUCCACUAACUGGUAAUGGUCAGUGUACUUCCGUCACUGUUUCAAAGCGGAAUAUCAUACAAGUAUCCCUUCAUAACAUCUACAUAAUGCUGUCAUAGGAAUGACAUAACACAUGCCAGUUAAUCCCUGUUAGUUUCAUGUCACAAUCACAUUUUAUGUUUUUGUGAAAAAUGAAAAUUGUUAUGGAGCCUGAACUAAUAAGCAUUUGAAACUAUAGUUGUACUUGCCUUAGAACAAGAUUUUGUCACUGAGCAUUUAUUUUAUGACUGUGCCAUAAUCUGAAGUUACCUGUUAUGACAGGCAAUAUGUCCUCCAUAUGAGGCCACCUCAAUUCAAUUGUCAUUCAAGCAGCAUACUAGGAAAUUGUAUUACUAACCUCCAAACCUCAAUUAAAGUUACAAUGGUCAUUACUGUGAUUUAGCAUAGAUAUUAUUGUGUUUUUGUUACCAUCAAUUGAUGAUGGGCUGUAAGGCAACAUUGAUUGUUGGACGACCAGUCUGUUUUUUAAAGUGGCACUGGGGUAUCAGCGACAAUUAUUGGGAUUUGAAAGCCAUUGGGACCUUGGAGAGCAGGACUGUCUGUUGAUAAAUUUGUUCACAGAAUAUUUCUAUAAGAGUAUGUUUUUUCUCUCUAUUUUUGUUUGGAAAAAUGGAUCCAUUAAUUGAAAUAAAAAUGUGUUGUUCACGGUUA